UCACCUCUAAUUCCUGGUAUUUGAAGAAGCGAAAUGUGCGGUCACUCUGCUUGAGCUCUACAUUAUUUUUGGCAGCACAAGAAAUAAAUAACAUAUUUUGUAGUUAUUCUUUGUAUAAGCAAUCGCAGUAGGUAAAUAAGAUGUCCUAUCAACUAUAUCGCAAUACCACACUGGGCAACACGCUGCAAGAGAGCCUCGACGAGCUGAUUCAGUAUGGACAAAUUACGCCCGCAUUGGCAUUCAAGGUUCUGCUGCAGUUCGAUAAGAGUAUUAACAACGCUCUAAAUCAACGUGUCAAGGCCCGAGUUACAUUCAAAGCAUCCAGAUUGAACACCUAUCGAUUCUGCGACAAUGUCUGGACCCUGAUGUUAAACGAUGUGGAGUUUAGAGAAGUUCACGAGUUUGUCAAAGUAGACAAGGUUAAGAUUGUGGCGUGUGAUGGCAAAAGCGGCGAUUUUAACUGACAAAUGGAGAAACCACCAACAAGCAACAACAUUGCAACACAUUCUACUUUUUAAGUUUGUAGUUGAUAAGGUUUAAUUCGGCUGAUAUUAAUUAAAAAUGAACAGCAUAUUGAAGCACUAAACUGUUAAAUCAAAAA